AUGCUUCAUUCCCAUGUUACCCAUCUGGGUUUCCAGGUGGACGUCUACGUGCAGACAUCUCUCCUCGAUAUGUACUCCAAGUGCGGCAACUUGGUUUCUUCGAGGAAGGUGUUCGACGAAAUGUCUGAGAGAGGCGUUGUGUCUUGGACCUCCAUGAUCACUACUUAUUGCCAUUUUUCUCUCGUUGACGAAGUCGUUUCUGUGAUAAACCAAAUGAGGGCUCUUGGUCUGGAACCAAGUUCGACCACUUUCCUUGUGUUGUUUCCUGCUUGUAGCUCCCUUCUGCAGGGCUUAUCAACCCAGUGUUGUGCCUUCAAAAUGGGGCUCCUGAAUGGUGACGUUGAGGUGCCUCUAACUCAUUCUGUGAUGGGUAUGCUCGUCAAACACUGUCAAACUCAUGAAGCUCGUGCAAUCCUUGAGCAGAUGCAAGAACCGUCGGUCAUCUCUUGGACAACAGUGACUAGCGGUUAUGUGGAAGCUGGACACAUGAAAGAAGCUUUCUCUGUGUUUAACCAGAUGAGGAGGAAAACCAUCAGCCUGGAUUAUGUAUCUUUCUUCGCAAUCAUAUCAGCUUGUAGCCAGCAUGGCGACCUGUUGGUAGCUUCGACGGUCCAUUCUCUAACAAUCAAAACCGGAUGUGAGGGUGAAGAUGCUAUUGACAAUCUGCUAGUGAGCAUGUAUGAAAAAUGUUGUGAUCUCGUCUCAGCUAGACGUGUAUUCGAUUCGUCUUGUGAGUGGCACUUCUGCGUCUUCAUUGAUGUUCAAGACAACAAAAUCUACAGGAAAAAAGAAUAUGCCCACCUUAACUAG